UUUAAAUAAAUAAACCACCAUGAACGCAUCAUGUGAUAUCCCAAUGUUGUUGACAACAAUCCAACCUCCAAGCUCCCCCACAAAUCAAUGAGCUAUGCAAAAUAGAGGGUAAUGAUAUAGAACCUUGCAUUGUUAUAUUCUGUUUGAUCAAUUAUUCUAUCUUGUGCAUUUUACUUACCUAUGCCAUUGCAUGAUCGCUGCGGUUUAACAAUGAUACAUACUUACUGUCUGAGUUCCGGUUUGCAAUACUGAAGCCCACCAACUACAGAUUGGGAACAAAUGCGCUUCUUACAAUUGAAAUAUGGAGUCAAACCAGAAAUCAAUACCUAGAAUGGCUCAGAGUAGGCGGGAAGCCCUGCCCGUAUUAUCAACAUUGUUGUUCGCAUCCGCCCUGCUCAUAAUCUGGCAGCGCAAGAUCAACUCGGAGCUACCAGAUCCCUACUUGGACGAGGUAUUCCAUGUUAGACAAGCGCAAGCGUACUGGGCGCAUCGAUGGCGGCAAUGGGACCCCAAAAUUACUACGCCGCCAGGAAUAUAUCUAUGUUCAUACGCAAUUGGGGCUAUCUUGUUUGUUGUGCGAUUACGCCCAGCGCAUCCUGGUGCUUCAUUUUUCCGCCUCGGAAAUAGCAUCAUCUUGUUCAACAUACUUCAACUGAGGCUUCGGGCACUCCUUAAAUGGAUACGAAAGGGGGAACUUUCAGACGCUCUGAAGAAAAGCGAUUCCCCUACGAUGGAGUGCAGGGAGCGCUGGGAGAGAAAUCUGAUGGUGCUGAAUAUUUGUCUUUUCCCUCCGCUCUUCUUUUUUUCCGGACUCUACUACACGGACCUCGCUGCGCUUCUAAUUGUGGUGGAAGUGUAUAUUUGCGACCUCAGUCGAAACCGUGGACGUGAUACUCAGCUGAGGCCCGACGAGGAGGUUAAUACUCUGUUGGGGAGAAACAUUCGUUUCUUGAUAUUUGGUCUUCUUGCUCUUAUGUUCCGACAGACCAAUAUAUUUUGGGUGGCCGUUUUCCUCGGUGGACUGCAUGUUGUUGAAACAUUACAUAGGGCGACAUCUGAUUGCCAGUCAACUGGAGUUGUAAGAAUUGUGCAAGGUAGCUGGGAGCUUCAUCAACUAUAUGACCCGCCAGUCAUCGAGGCGUCAUUUGAAGAUUAUUUGAAGACCUUGGUUUCUUUAGGAGUUUCAACACUAGCGCAUAUUAUCAUAAUAAUCAAGGCGCUGCUUCCUUACCUUGUGUUCCUUGGAGCAUUUGAGCUAUUUGUCCUAUGGAACGGAGGUGUAGUUUUAGGCCACAAGGAAUUCCACACAGCAGGCUUACAUCUCCCGCAAAUGCUUUACAUAUGGCCCUACUUCAUAUUUUUCUCCUGGCCAAUCUUCCUCAUUCCCUUUGUGACAACGAUUCUACAACACCGCACCAAAAAAAUCCUUCCCAGUGUAAAAACCGCCGCAAUAUUUCUCCCACUUAUGCUCGUAGCCGUCCACCUAAACACAAUUGUCCACCCGUUCACCCUGGCGGAUAACCGACAUUACGUCUUUUACAUCUUCCGCAUCCUACUUCGACAUCCGGUGAUAAAAUAUCUUGCUACACUGAUAUACUUCGUGUGUGGCUGGGCUGUCCUCGCAACUUUCGGUGCUACCUCCCUUCGACCAUCAGCAGCAUAUACAGCAGCAGCAACAACAAUACCAACAAGGCCGCUCCAAGAAACUCAACCAACCAAGACGAUAAAGCCAAUUUCAGACACCGCAGGAAUAGAGCCGAUGAGAAACUCCCCUGUACGUGUUAGUUUCGUCCUUAUCUGGUUGAUAGCCACUUCCCUUUCCCUCAUCACCGCUCCCCUCGUUGAACCGCGCUAUUUCCUCAUACCGUGGGUGAUCUGGCGUCUUCACGUUCGAGUGCCAUCAACGUCAAUAGAUGGGUCGUCACAUAGAUCGGUAAAUGCCAAGAGUUGUGAUAGAUUACUGUUCUAUCUUCCAUUAGCUUUAGAGACUACAUGGUACAUUAUGAUCAAUGCGGUUACCGGGUAUAUGUUUCUGUACAGGGGAUUUGAGUGGCCGCAGGAGCAUGGGUUAGUACAGAGGUUUAUGUGGUAACGGUUUCAUUUGGGCAAUUUUAGGGGAGUGUUUUUAUUUUUAUUUUUAAGUGGUGAGAUUUAAAUGGUUUUGAAGUAUUAGAGAAACGCAUGCGGGAAUAUAGUCGCCAGCAUUGCAGAAGAAUGGGUUUGGUAUAAAAUCAAAUGAGAAGUGUAUAUUACAAGUGGAUUUGUCCCCAGUUCAUUCAGGUAAUUAGAUACUUUUGUAUAGUAUAUAUUCGAGAUAAUUUCACAGCCUGCCUCGCUGAAAAAGUUCUGGGCUGUUCGAAGCUUCUUUAUCUCUAUGAUGCUCAAUUCGUGGCAUCAGUUUUAAGAAAUAAAGAAUAUAAAAUGAGGGCUCAUCUGAGCAGGAUGUUUCGCGAAUUGUCAAAGAC